GUGACGACCACAUAUGGCCUCAUAAUCUCAUCCUUCUUCCCAAAUCGAUAGAUAGAUAGAUAAGUAAAAAUGGCGCAGUGUGUGACCAAAAACACAUUCGUGCAAGGAAAACCCUUCCUUCCAGUUCCAGCAGCUCCCACUAAAAAUGUUCGGAGAGUGGUUCAGUGCGGUGUGUGGUGCAGGAAGAAGGAGAUACACCCGCAAUUCCACGAGGAAGCGAAGGUGUACUGCAACGGGGAGCUGGUGCUGACGACAGGUGGGACCCAGAAGGAGUACGUGGUCGACGUGUGGUCGGGGAACCACCCUUUCUACCUCGGAAGCCGGUCGGCGUCUAUGGUCAGCGACGACCAGGUCGAGAAGUUCCGCAAGAAGUUCGGAGAGCUAAAAGAGAUCAUGGAGAUUCCUGUUCUCAAGGGAGAGAUUGUUAUCCCCUCAAGACGCAAGGGCGUUUCCAAAGGAGGCAAGAAAAAAUAAUUUAUUCGAUUCAAACAUGAUUGUCUUUUUUCUUCUUCUUAAUUUCAAUUCCUGUAAUGUAAUAUGAUAAAACGCUUUAAGCCUGUGCUAUGGAUAUUGUUUUGAGCAAGCCCCUGAAUGUGCUAAUGUGAUUGAUUUGGUGAUUCUGUUCA